AACUGUUAUUUCCAUCAACAUAAAAUUCACUACAACACUCUUCUCUUCUAUCUUCUUUAUUCAUAUUGCUUAAUCACAAGCUCCAUAAACUAAAUCAAUAAGCUACGGUACGCUCUAUAAGUGUAGUGUUUUUCGAACCCUCAAAGAUUAUUAAAACGCACGAGUCGUAAAAGAAGAGUCGUCGAAGAAAUGGGAGUGGACGGGACAUUGGAUUACUUGGCGGAUUUGAUAAGCAGCACGAAGAAGAAGAAGAAGAGACAGCUCAACACAGUUUCUCUCAAAGUCAGAAUGGAUUGUGAAGGCUGUGGCCAAAGAAUCAAGAAUGUCCUCUCUAACAUGAAAGGAGCACGAUCGGUGGACGUGGACUGGAAAAACCAGAAGGCGACGGUGUACGGAUUUGUGGACGCUAAAAAGGUACUAAAAGUUGCGCAGGCGACCGGAAAAAAAGUGGAGCCGUGGCCGUAUGUCCCUUACGACUUAAUGGCCCAUCCUUACGCGGCCGGUGUUUACGACAAGAAGGCCCCACCUAAUCUUGUUAGAGGCACCGACGAGCCAGGUGUCGCCACCCUUAACCCGAUCGAGCAACAGUAUACGCUUAUGUUUAGCGACGACAACCCGAAUGCAUGCUCUGUCAUGUAGAUUUUCUAAUAUUUACAAUAAAUUAUGUAUUAUAUAUAUAUUUGGGCUCAAAAAAUAAUAAUUAUAUGUAUGAUGGUUGUCCUUUCAUUGCUGCGGCCUUUAAAUUAAUUAUUAUUAUAUAUAAAAAAAAGAAUUUAUAAGGGUGUGAAAUUGUGAUUAUUUCUGGUUUUUUAGUGAA